AAUCUUGGUGUAAUGUUCUACCAGUGAACGUAAAAACCAGCAAGAAGAAGGUGUCAUGUGACCAAAACAGAGACGUGUCCCGUCAAAAUGGCGGCCCCCAGGCGGAAGAAGGCGCGAAUAGCGGAGACUGAAAAAUGUGAACACCGAGUUCUCUUUCCCGAAACUAACAUAUUCAUUGUCGACAGGAAAAUGACAAAGACUCGACAUGACUUUCUUCAGGCGCUAGCGAGGAGAAAAGGCUUUGCAGUGUGUGAUCAGUACGGAUCAGCAGUGACACAUAUUGUAGCAGAGGACCUGUCUACUGAACAGGUGAUGGAGUAUUUCCAUAACAAAGGAGUGACCAGUCUGUACCCAGGCCAGGAACUCCUAACCAUGGAAUGGUUCACUAAAAGUAUGGAGGAGAAACAGCCAGUUCCUUGUACAGACCAUCUCAGGCUGAAACCUGCACAGGCAGCUGUACCAGUUUCUACAGAGAAAAUGACAUUGCCCAAGCAUGAAUGCCAGAGAAUCACAAGACUAAAGCACCACAACCACAGGUUCACCACUGCUCUGGAGGUAUUGGAAGAACAUGCAGGAUACCUGCAGGUUGGGCAGAAGACAGACUCCCGAGCUCGAGCCUUCAGGAGAGCAGCCUGUUCGUUGAAAGCCCUCCCCCAUCCUCUCACUAACGUAGAGGAGGCUAGGACACUGCCGCAUGUCGGUACACACAGUCUUAGUGUCAUACAGGACAUCCUUGAAGAUGGGUAUUCCCAGGAGGUCCAAGACAUCAGUGAUGGAGACUUCUAUGGCACAAUGCAGCUGUUUACAGGUAUUUUUGGUGUUGGAUCCGCUACAGCAAGGAAGUGGUAUGAGAGGGGGUUUCGCACACUUGAUGACAUCAGGAAUGAUUCCACCCUCUCUCUUAAAAAGGACCAAACAAUUGGACUAGAACUGUACCAAGACUUAAACACACCAGUAACUCUGGCUGAAGCUGACAUCAUCCAGGAGAUGGUGAGGGCUGAAGUGCAGAAACUGCUGCCCGGUGCAACUGUUGUGUUAACAGGGGGGUUCAGAAGAGGCAAGACUAAGGGACAUGAUGUGGACCUGUUGAUCUCUCAUCCUACAGAAGGCAAGGAGACAGGCUUGCUGUCUGCUGUCCUGGCCAAGCUCCGGGAAAAGGACCUCCUUGCCUAUGAAACCACCUCUGCCAAUACGUAUGAUCCAAGCUCAGUGUCCAGGAAGGAGUAUACACUGGAUCACUUUGAAAGAUGUUUCUCCAUCUUCAAGUUGGACAAAUCACUGAUCAGUUCCAACCAGAAUACCAAACAAGCACCUCCCUCUCCUGUUGGUGCGGUCCAACAAGGAAGCAGCAGGCCAGAUCUUCUACAUCACAAGGACAAAGUAAGCCUGGAGAGAGCUGGAGGCACUGCAAGCUUCUUAGAUGAAGAGAAAACAGAAGAGAAGACUUGGAUUGGUCGGAGGGUAGAUCUUAUCAUUGCUCCAGCUAGCCAGUAUGCAUAUGCACUUGUGGGAUGGACAGGAUCCAAGCACUUCAACAGGUCCCUCAGGCUGUAUGCAGACAAUGAGAUGAACAUGAAGCUCACCAACCAUGUGCUGUAUGACUCUGUAAAGAAUCAGUACCUGCCAGCAUCCAGUGAGGAGGAUGUGUUCCUCCAUCUACAGCUGCCUUACAGGGAACCAGCAGAGCGAAACUGUUGAAAGGUAGUCAUGGUAUAACGUUAUGUAUCCUCUGUCUUGUUCUCUUAACAUUCUUUUGUACUAUGUUCCAUUCUGUAUCAACUUUCAUGAUACUUGAUAUAAGAUUAACCUGGUGACCUGGGCCACAGCUAAGACAUGAAUGUUGUAAUAUAUAAGACUAGUAUUUUCCUGCAAAGUAUAGUACAUACAUGUAAGGAGUAUAUUGUAAGAAAUUCAAUGUCCUGUUUUUUAUGACUUUACCAACACAUUGAACUUUUAGGCCCAUCAUCAUCAUGUAUAUAUAUAUGUCUAUGUUAUAGCUACGUGUGCUAAGUAUAUGUCUAUGUGCUACAAAAUGCAUGUAUUAUGUCUUGUUUACAUUCAAUGUCAGGUAUACAGUACUAGUAUGUUUAUAAAUAUACUGUAACAUAAAUGUAUAAAACAUGAUAAAUAUGUAUAAAGCUUCUAGUGUGUAAGAAUAUGACAGGUAAAUCAAUGUGGGCCAUGAUGUAAAACUGUUGAGAGAUUUUGGCCAAUAUACUAUUGUUCGUGGUUAAUGCAAAGCCACAGCUUCCGUUUCAUAUAUAUAUAUGUAACAAUACAUCUAGAGACAACAGGUAUAAAAAAUGUAUAAAAAACACUAGUACAAAAAGAAGUAUAUUCUCAGAAACAAUGUUGAUAACUGUUACUGUGUAGUUAAACUGUUGAUGGAGCUCCUCAGUACCAGUGUUACAGAGUAGCUGUACCAUUGAUGGUGCUCCUCAGUAUCAGUGUUACAGAGUAGCUGUACCAUUGAUGGUACUCCUCAGUACCAGUGUUACACAGUAACCAUACUAUUACUGAAUGUUCUCAGUACCAGUGUUAUAAUGAGGAGGAGCAGAAGAAGUCUUGUCACAUUGAACAACGU